ACGUCAGCGCGGCGGCAGCAGGAGGGAGCGGCUCUGAUAGAGUGACAUCCACGAAGAGUGGUAGAGAGAGAGAGAGAGAGAGCGCAGCGGAGGACGGGUGGAUGACUACAGACAGUCAGAAUGCGUGAAUACAAACUGGUUGUUUUAGGAUCAGGAGGAGUCGGCAAGUCAGCUCUGACUGUCCAGUUCGUUCAGGGAAUCUUUGUGGAGAAAUACGACCCAACGAUAGAGGAUUCCUACAGGAAGCAAGUGGAGGUCGAUGGACAACAGUGCAUGUUGGAGAUCCUGGACACAGCAGGAACAGAGCAGUUCACAGCGAUGAGAGACCUGUACAUGAAGAACGGUCAGGGCUUCGCUCUGGUUUACUCCAUCACGGCUCAGUCGACCUUCAACGACCUUCAGGACCUCAGAGAGCAGAUCCUCAGAGUGAAGGACACCGAGGACGUUCCCAUGAUCCUGGUUGGAAAUAAGUGCGACCUGGAGGUGGAGCGUGUGGUGGCCAAAGAGUCCGGCAUCGGUCUCGCCCGCCAGUGGAACUCCUGCGCCUUCCUGGAGACCUCGGCCAAGAGCAAGAUCAACGUCAACGAGAUCUUCUACGACCUUGUGCGACAGAUCAACAGGAAGAGUCCAGUUCCAGGGAAAACUCGCAAAAAGUCCACCUGUCAGCUUCUCUAAUGACAGUUUUCUGCUCACCUGACCAACAACCAACCAACCAACAAAUCAACCAAUCACAGGACAUCUUCCAGCUGGCCACGCCCCCUUUAACACAGCCAUGUCAUCAUCAACAUCAGCCACCUCUGACCUCUUGUUUCCAUGACGACCACAUCUCCCAUCCCCUCACCACACUGUCUAAUGGAGACUGUUGCCUUGGAAACAUUAAAACCAAACAUCAAAAGACUGCGGCGGUGGCGGCGACAGCAAUGAUGAUGAUGAUGAUGACAAUGAAGAUGAUGUUGCAGGAAAUAAGGGUCGGGGAGGCGGGAGGGCUGUCCAAACCAACUGCCCAAAUUUAAACCACGGUUCCCAUCAUGCUCUCUGCUAGGCCAUUUUGCGCUGGGGAGUGGCUUCUUGCUUUUUAAUUUUAAAUGUUCCUUUCCUUUCUUUUCCUUUCCUUUUCCUUAUUUUCCAGCAGUACCGAGCCAUUCACAUGCAGCUCGACCACCUCACUGUCAGCCAUGUUGGUGCCAUGGUUACCGUAGUGAUGUCGUCUCUAACAUGGCUGACUCUGUAUGUGUGGCUCUGGUUGAACCUGUGGAUCCAUUCAGUGAUGAUUAUUAUUAUUACAGUGGUUAUGAUUAUGAUUCUGUGUGAAAAGAUAUAAAAGUCAUUUAAUGUUUUUGUUUUUGAUUUUUGGGGGGUGGGGGGAUGGGGGUUUUGGGGGUGCAGCAGGUUGUGGGGUCAGCUCACUGUGUUGGUAGCUUUGAGCUAACUCAAGUUAGCUGACCGAUAAGGGAGUGACUCCGCUAUCGGAGAAGAUGCUAAUUGCUAUUUGUUGGUUGUUAGCCUUGUUAGCAUAUUUUUUAAAGAAAUCAUUGCGUACUUAUAGCUUUUGGCUACCUCGUUAGCCUAGCAGCUAUUAAAAUAUGUAAGAAACUUUGUGGGCAAAUUAUGCUGUUUGUUGAUGUUAGCAUUUUUAGCAUAUCAUGUUAGCAUAUUCACAAAGGAACAAAUCGGUUGCUUUGAGCUAGUUUGUCAGCCACCAUCUUGAAAACUUUAUUAGGAUUAUAGCUAGGAAAAGCUAAUGACGCUAAGACUUUACUUGGGAAUAGUGUUGCAUUCAAAAACCACCAAUGAAAUAUUAGUAUGUUGGGCGUUUUAGCAAAAAUCUAAGAGUGUGUUUGUAAAGAAAUUAGAAUAAUGAGUGCUGUUAGUUGUGUGCUAGCUCAUUGAGCCAGUAGUCAUCAGAAUAUAUUUGAUAUUGUGAGGGGAUGCUAACAAUGCUACACUCCCAAACAAGGAAAUGAAUGAUAGUAGCUGAUGUGAAAAGGGAGUCCUAUGAGGACUUUGCUGCAGGCUAACUUGUUAGCAUCACGGUGAGCUGACUUCAGAUCUGCUGCUCAGGGCGGACAUGUUGCCUUUAGACAGCAGACUCACACUGGUCCAGUACCUUAGCUUUGUGUGUGUUCGUGAGUGUGUGUGUUUUGUGUGUUUGUGAGUGUAAAUGAACUGCAUAACAACAAUGAACGAGGCCAGUUUCUGUAAUGACCAUUUUGGCCCAGGAGGGUGUGUGUGUGUGUGUAGGGGGGGUGGGGUGGGGUGGGGUGGGGGGGUGGGGGGUUGAGUUAUAUUUACUGAGCAGGACAUCCAGCAAAUGUUGUUUCUGUAUUAUUAACCAUAUUAUUACCUGAUUAUUAAUAUCAUUAACACAACACAUCUGAGAAGGAAAGGUUGAAGGUCCUGUUGGUCAACACUCUCUUUAACUGAUGGGAAUAAGUUACACUAUCCACGUAUGGUGGCCAAAAUAGGACAAAAAAAUCAUAAUUGACUGGAAAAUUAUCACCACCAGCUGUUUUUCGAAUGAACCAACAGUAGUGGAUGGAAACAUGCACCGAUUCACAUUUUCUUUUGCAGAAAUUCUUGAAUUUCUUGAAACCCGACUAAAAUGUAAAAUGUUAAAGGGUUGAGGAUGGUUUUGCUGUCAAUAUUCUCAUAAGUUAAAGAAGAACGUUGAACUAAAAUCAGUGUUUCUUUAAAACAGUAUCACAGCUGAAGUUGAAAGGGGGUUGGGCUUGAAGCGGAAGCCCCGCCUCUAAUUACUGAGAGGGCGUGGCCUGUGAAGCAGCAGCCAGAGAAAGCCUUUGAAUAAUCUGUCUUCUGUUUGAAAUGUGAGAGUGGUCAGACCAGUGACCUCUGUGAGUACUGCUGUGCACAGUGUUGUACUACCAGGAGUACUGCAGUCCGGUGUGUGAUACUGCUGUCAGUGUUCUGGUUCUCCUCCAGUUCGUUCAGUCAUGUAGCAUGUUGAUGUUUCUGUCAGUACUUAGUCUGACCUCCAGGAGGUGCUGCGACAGUUUGCAUGCCAAGCAGAAGCUUUCAAGAGAAAAGUCUGUUUGUAGCCGUGGCGGGGCUUUCCUGUGAAUCCCACUGUUGGUGGAGACAUUGUAACGUACAGUCUAAGUAAAACGAGUAGGGAAGCCAUUUUGAUUUUCUGAGAAAUUUAGGAAAGUAGCUGUAUGAAAAUACUAAUCUGAAGCCUGAAGUUCACUGUUGUGUGCUUUGUUCAAAAUAUUUUUCUCGUACGAUGUUUCUUUGCUGUACUUUUGUACGCCAAGCCAUAGUGGUCUCAUUACUGCCCCCCUGUGGGCAGAUGGCACAAAACACCCCCUGCGUCUAGAGUUACAAGAACCACGGUGUAUUCAAUACUGAAAAACAAUCUUGGACUAAUCACACAAGGGUGAAAUUUGUGCUUCAUCAGAAGUGUUUGCAAAUAGUUUUUUUUUUCCGGUUUCAUAAGAAAAAUGAUAAAGAUAACUGGUUUGUGGAACACGUUACUUAUUUAUAAGCAGUAUAUUAACACUUAAUAUAUGGUUUAUAACACACCAUAAUGUCAUUUUAAACCGGUACAAGGAUAUUUCAAGUGUUUAUUUUAUUAAUCAGUUUAUCAACAUUUGUAACUCCUCUUACAAAGUAACUAUAACUGGUGUAUGAGCAGUUAAUGAAUGAUUGAUAACACAGUAUAACACAGCAGUAAUCACAUUUAAUUUAAUAAUUUGAUUACUGUAUUUAUUAACGGUUUAUUCACAUGUAAAAAUAUGACAUCAUGGUUUCUUGACUUUGGAAUUAAUAAUUAAAAAAAAAAUUAAUGAAAAUAAAAUGAUAAACACUUCAAAAUUUCCUGAUAUAUCCUAAUAUAUACAAUUACUGUAGAGUGUGUUAUAAACUUUUAAUUAAAUGUGUGUACUGUUUGUAAGGCUAAAUAGGCGACGCUCAAAUGAAAUGUUUCCAGAUUUUUACACAGUGGAUGACACAGGUUUUGUGUGAUGAGUAUUCCUGUGAUAUGAUCAUUGAGCCCAGGUCCGUCCCACCUGCCACAGCCAAUCAAAUCUACGCCUGGCCACGGCUGCAAUCAAACCUUUCUGGCAUCCAGAGUCAUAGAGGCUGCAGCAGCAUUCAUCAUUUGAUUCCACUUCUAGAAAUUCAAUGUUUGACAGCUCAGGCCAAACUCUGUGAUCGGAUAGUUCUGUCACAGAGUUUCGGUGGAUCUCGAGGCCUCAGCGUGCUUCAUGACAACAAGGGUGUACGAACGUAAAGGAAAAAGUUUCUACAACUGUUUCCAAAAGGCGCAAGUCUUAACUCGAAGACGUGAUAAAAAAGUGAGCUUGAGGUAAAAACUUGGCCUUACUUUUACACUUCCUGUCAUCACAGCCAUCACUUCUUUUGAAGCAUACUGAGGCCUUUAGAGUUGUGCUAGACUGGGGUUGGUUUUUCACUUUUAAUGGAGGCAGGCUUGCAGGCAACAUUUGAUUUUAAAUCCCCAUGUUUAUCAUUCAUAAGCAGUAGAUAAACAUUCAGUAAAUGGUUUGUAAAAUACUAUCAUGUAGUUGUAAGCAGCUGUAAGCUUUUAUUUAUGUAUUUGUCAACAGCUAUAACUCCUCCUGUAAGUAUAGCCUGGUGUAUAACCAGAUAACGAAUAACAAUAUAAGAAAA